AAUGGAAAAGUUGAUGAAGCACUUUCUCUGGCCUUUCUGCUGUGCUGGCUUGCUGGAAACCUAACAAAUUUCAUAGGCUGCUACUUGACCAACGAACUGCCCAUUCAGAUUCUUACAGCCAUCUUCUACCUGGACCUGGAUAUAGUCAUACUCUCACACUUUGCAUACUACAAGUUAAAGAAUCAGAAGAAAAAAAUUUCAAAAGAAAAUUAAAUUUUGCAGAGGAACAUGUGCUUGAUGAUCUCUCUAACCUGGAGUGUUGAGGGAUAA